AAUUGUUUUAUUGUUUGUUUAAAAGCAAGUUUAAAAAUGUGUUUGAGGUAAACUGUUAAUACGUACAAAUAGUUUAUUCCCCAACACCUCUGCUUGAAAUACUGAUGAAAAUGUAGAUGCUAUAGUGCACAUGUAACAAUAAUGGACUCAAACAUAUUUACACACAGUAACUAUAACUAUAACAGAAUCAGCACAGGGAAUCUUUUUUUUUUUUUUUUUUUUAGCUUUUAAGCCACCUAGGAUGAGUAAGUAAAGGGUCAGUGAUAAUCAAUAAUGAAGAUUGCGUAGUAUGGUUGAAAGUUAAAGAAAAAAAGAGUUUAAGAUGGGGUCAUAGUAUUUUGAACAAAGUCAAACUUUAAGUCCCAAAUGUCAACAUGUGACUAUAAAUUUGUGAUGUGUCUCUUUGAAGUCAGAAGUUCCUGACACACACAGCUACAAGGGAUUGAAUAGGCUCUGAAUAAAAGUUUAUUGUGUAUCAUAAAAAGCGUGUUUAGCUGGAGAAUAAUGGAAGAAGGUAACGGGCUGGUGAUGCUAAAAGUCAGCGCACUCCAGGUGAAGCUGGAAACAAAGAGAGGUUCCAAGUCUUCUCAGAAGACACACUCGGAUCAGCCUUCUAGCGAAACAGAUCCCUAAAAAGGCAAAAGUUAACAUCUGAUACAUCCUGCAUCUCACAAACAGCAAUUUAAGUCCAGCAACGAAGCUCAACAUCCGGGAAACGCAACCCGAUCUGCAAAAGACGUGGAAUGUCUUAUUUCUUUUCUUCCGCCCUUCAAACCCGGUAAUGAUGGAGGAGUAAAAAGCGACAUGAUUGGUGGAUGCAGCCAGCAGAGGAGAAAUGUAAACCCCUUCGUUUUGUUGCAUCGGGGGGGUUGAAAACUGAACGCUCCCCUCUUGUUUUUUUCAUUCCUUCAAUGACAGCAGCAGGAGGCAGCCGGUCGGUGCGGUGGGAAGCUUCUCCCGGUACGAGAAGGAUUUCCCGGCAAAUCUGCGAUGCUGUGAAGGGAUAGAAGAUGAAAAUACUCAAGAAGGACAAGCAGCAGAUGUUCACUGGCCUCUUGAAGCACACACCACCUCAGGCCUCCGCUGCAGCAGCCUCUUCCUCGGACCAAAACAGCAACGCACAAACUACAGCUCCCACAAUCCCACGGGGACACCUGGUUGUGGGCACCAAGGACCAGCUCCGCCUCCUCACCCCUGUGGGCAGCACGGUGACAUCCAAUCACUGCACCACAUCCGGGGUCCACGCUGCUAAGCACUCCGGAGGAGCGCCACGGCCUCCCUCCUCUAUGAGCGAGGAGGAUGAUGGAGGUGGCGGAGGCAGGGUGAAGAAGAAACGAAAGAAAAAGGACAAGAGGGAAUGGGAGAAAGCAGGAGUGGAGUGUGAGGAAAAGGAGAGCAGCAAACCAAAGAAACGAAGGGAGGAGAGGGAGCCAAUAGUGGUCUCCCUGAGAAAGAGCAAGGAACCCAAGGAGGGAAAGGAGCGUAAGGAGCGCAGGACCAAGGGAAAGGAGGGCAGGACAGAGAGUGAGACGGUGCUGAAAAAUGUGUCAGGAGUUAAAACGUCAGGUGCCGCUGUUUCCCCGGGAUCGGCUCAGAUGCCUGUCAAGGUUCCUGGCAAAAGAGGAAGAAAACCUAAGGUCAAAGUCCUACCUCCUGUACCCUCGAAUCAAGCUCGUCCUACCCAAGGAGUCCACACAAAAGUCCCAGGGGGGGCACACGGCACCCAGGCCGCCCACAGCCAUGGUAAGAACCACGGUCAGGCGAACAGCAAGACGCCAGUCCUGUCAGCGCCAAAACAGAGGGGUCGAAAACCCAGAGAUCCUGGCGCAGCGCCGGUGGAGAAGAAGAAGAAGGGGAAGAGGAGAAACCAGGAGCUGGCUGUCCAGGAGGGGGUGGAGAGUGAUGACACUACCUCAAUGUCAGCCAUUAACAUGGGUGGAGAGGACAGCCAAGACCCCCUGGAUAAUGCAAAGCGACGUUCGGGACGACAAGUCAAAAGGAGGAAGUACAACGAAGAUUUGGACUUUAAGGUGGUAGAUGAUGACGGAGAGACCAUUGCAGUUCUUGGAGCCGGUCGCAUCGCGGCGCUCAAUGCCACUGCUCUGGCAUGGCAGGCUGAGGAACCACCUGAGGAUGAGGCCAACAUCAUUGAGAAAAUUCUGGCUGUAAGAACAGUGAAGAAAGAGACGUCAUCAUCAGAGGACCAAACGGAGGAGAUUGAGGAAUUUUAUGUCAAAUAUAGAAAUUUUUCCUACCUACACUGCAAAUGGGCCACUCUGGAAGAACUAGAGAAAGAUCCCAGAAUCCACCAGAAAAUCAAGCGCUUCAGGACCAAACAAGCCCAGAUGAAACACCUGUUUGCCGAGCCCGAUGAGGACCUAUUUAACCCAGACUAUGUAGAAGUGGACAGAGUGCUGGAGGUAGCUGUUACCACAGAUACAGAGACCGGAGAGGAGGUGACCCAUUACCUCGUUAAGUGGUGCAGUCUCUCAUAUGAGGAGGCAACGUGGGAGCUGCAAGAGGACUUGGACCCAGAGAAGAUCAAAGAGUUUGAGGAGAUCCAGAAACUGCCUGCAGACCUCAGACACAUUGAGCGUCCUUCUCCAGAAAAGUGGCAGAAGCUGGAGCGCUCUAGAGAUUACCGAAAUGGAAACCAGCUCAGAGAAUACCAGUUAGAGGGAAUGAACUGGCUACUGUUCAACUGGUACAACAGAAAAAACUGUAUACUAGCAGAUGAGAUGGGUUUGGGAAAGACAAUUCAGUCCAUCACCUUUCUCUACGAGAUCUUCAGCAUGGGGAUUCGCGGGCCCUUCCUCAUCAUCGCACCUCUGUCCACCAUCACCAACUGGGAGAGGGAGUUUCGCACAUGGACGCACAUGAACGUUAUUGUGUACCACGGCUCGCAGAUCAGCCGGCAGAUGAUCCUGCAGUAUGAGAUGUUUCACAGAGACCCACAGGGUAACACUAUCCCAGGUGUGCUUAAGUUUCAUGGGCUGAUCACCACUUUCGAGAUGAUCAUGGCUGAUUGUCCAGAGCUGAGAAAGCUGCACUGGCGCUGUGUGGUAAUCGAUGAAGCCCACCGGCUAAAAAACAGGAACUGCAAACUGCUUGAGGGUCUCAAACUCAUGAACCUGGAACACAAGGUCCUGCUGACAGGAACCCCUCUGCAAAACUCAGUGGAGGAGUUGUUUAGUCUGCUGAACUUCCUGGAGCCACUACAGUUCCCUUCAGAAAGCACCUUUCUCGAAGAGUUUGGAGACCUCAAGACUGACGAACAGGUGAAGAAGCUUCAGGCCAUUCUGAAACCCAUGAUGCUAAGAAGACUGAAAGAUGACGUGGAGAAAAAUCUCGCACCUAAAGAAGAGACGAUUAUAGAGGUUGAGCUGACCAACAUUCAAAAGAAAUACUACCGAGCCAUCUUGGAGAAGAACUUCUCUUUCCUGUCCAAAGGAGCAAACCAGCACAACAUGCCCAACCUCAUUAACACCAUGAUGGAGCUUCGCAAGUGCUGCAACCACCCUUACCUUAUCACAGGAGCUGAAGAGAAGAUUCUGGAAAGUUUCAAAAAGAGCCACAGUCCAGAAGCACCAGACUUCCAGCUGCAGGCCAUGAUCCAGGCAGCCGGUAAACUGGUGCUGAUCGAUAAGCUGCUGCCAAAACUGCUAGCCGGAGGACAUAAAGUCCUAGUCUUCUCCCAGAUGGUCCGCUGUCUGGAUAUCCUUGAGGACUACCUCAUACAGAGGCGCUACACCUAUGAACGCAUUGACGGUCGUGUGCGUGGGAACCUGCGGCAGGCAGCCAUCGACCGCUUCUGUAAGCCAGAUUCAGACCGCUUCGUGUUCCUUCUCUGCACCAGAGCUGGAGGGCUGGGAAUCAACCUGACAGCUGCUGACACCUGCAUCAUCUUUGACUCAGACUGGAACCCCCAGAACGACCUGCAGGCCCAGGCACGCUGCCACCGGAUUGGCCAAAGCAAAGCGGUGAAAGUCUACAGGCUGAUCACCAGAAACUCGUAUGAGAGGGAAAUGUUUGACAAAGCCAGUCUAAAGCUGGGACUGGACAAAGCCGUCCUUCAAGACAUCAACCGUAAAGGAAGCCUCAAUGGAGUGCAGCAGCUUUCAAAGAUGGAAGUGGAGGAUUUGUUGAAAAAAGGAGCAUAUGGAGCCUUAAUGGAUGAAGAAGACGAGGGCUCCAAAUUUUGUGAAGAAGACAUUGAUCAGAUACUUCAGAGGAGAACUCAGACAAUCACCAUCCAGUCUGAAGGGAAAGGCUCCACGUUCGCUAAGGCCAGUUUCAUCUCAUCAGGUAACAGAACAGACAUUUCUCUGGAUGACCCCAACUUCUGGCAGAAAUGGGCCAAGAUCGCUGAAGUAGAGAUAGACUCCAAAUCAGAGAAGGAGUCACUGGUAAUUGACACACCCCGUGUAAGGAAGCAGACCCGUCAUUACAACUCCUUUGAGGAUGAUGAGCUGAUGGAGUUUUCAGAGCUGGACAGCGACUCAGAAGAGCGGCCUUGUCGAACUCGUCGCCUGGGUGAACGUAGCCGCCGCUACCUCCGUGCCGAAUGCUUCCGGGUUGAAAAGAAUCUUCUAAUAUUCGGGUGGGGUCGGUGGAAGGAUAUCCUAAACCAUGGUCGGUUUAAAUGGCACCUCACAGAGAGAGACAUGGAGGUGAUCUGUAGGGCUCUUCUGGUUUACUGCCUGAGACACUACAAAGGCGAUGACAAGAUAAAGAGCUUCAUCUGGGAUCUGAUCACACCCACCAAGGAAGGCCAAGAUCAGGCACUCGUAAAUCACUCUGGUUUAUCAGCUCCCGUUCCUCGGGGUAGGAAGGGGAAGAAGCUGAAGAAUCAGCUGAAUGUUACUGAGGUGAAGAAUGCUGACUGGCUGGUCCAUUGUAACCCAGAGGUGGUGCUGCAGGAUGAGAGCUACAAGAAACACCUCAAACAACACUGCAACAAGGUGCUACUGAGGGUGCGGAUGUUGUACUACCUAAAGGUGGAGGUUCUAGGGGAAGCUGCCACUCAAGGUUUAGAGGGGGUACCUGCCAGUAAACUUGAGGUGCCGCUACCUGACAUCGACUACAUAGAGAUUCCAGUGUCAUGGUGGGAUGCAGAAGCUGACAAGUCUCUCCUCAUCGGGGUUCACAAACAUGGAUAUGAGCGGUACAAUGCAAUGCGUGCUGAUCCAGACUUGUGUUUUCUGGAAAGAGUGGGGAUGCCUGAUGUGACAGCUCUGUCCUCAGAGCAAGCAGGAGGAGAGGUGGCCUCUGACGUCGCUGACAGAUGUUUAUAUGAGUACGUCGUACUAGAUUUGGGAGAGGAAACCUGCUCCAGCACCGAUACAUCAGACAAGCCAGACAGUACUGGUCCAGACUCUCAGAUGUCAGGUGACCUGUGCACCCAAGAUGGAACUUUGGUCACCACAACGACAACAGGAACCGGGACCGGGGUGGCAGCUCUCCAUGUUGUCCAAGCCCGGCCCCUCUGGCCCACAGGCCCCGCCUUGACGGCCCGAUUACGUCGCCUCAUCACUGCCUACCAGCGCUUCACACUACGACGCGAGCCACUGCUCAGGCAUGACUUUAUGCUUCACGAUGGCCUCGUUGGCAUGGGAAUCGGAGGAGCUGGAGCUGCUCAUAGUCAUCACGCUGGUGGGCCACUGGCUUGGCAGCUGGGUGAAGAUUUAAGAAGGUGUUCUGUGGUCGCUACAGAACCUGACCCUCUGUUUCUGGAGUGGCAGAGAAGGUGGACUCGUCGAGAACAAGCAGAUUUUUACCGCACAGUAUCAUCAUUUGGGGUGGUGUAUGACCCGGAGAGGAAGGCAUUUGACUGGUCCCAGUUCAGAGCUCUUGCCAGACUGGAGAGGAAGACUGAUGAGAGUCUGGAAAGAUACUUCAAUUCCUUUGUGAACAUGUGCAGGACAGCAUGCAAGCUUCCACCCAGGAAGGAAGAAGGACUGGUGGAUCCCGCUGUGAUUGUGGAGCCUCUGACAGAAGAAAGAGCAGCUAGGACGCUAUACCGCAUCGAGCUGCUGCGCAAGAUCAGAGAGCAGGUUCUCCGCCAUCCGUUACUCUCAGCCCGUCUUCAGCUGUGCCGGCCCUCGCUCUACCUCCCUGUAUGGUGGGAGUCUGGCAAACACGACCGCGACCUCCUUAUUGGGGCAGCGCGCCACGGUUUGAGCCGCACCGACUUCUACAUCCUCAACGACCCUCAGCUGAGCUUCCUGGAGGCUCACAGGAACUAUGUCAGGGGACACCCUGCUCACCUUCAUCCUCAAAGCCACCAUCACCCUCAUCACACUGGCUUGGCGACUCAUCCUGGCAUCUCAUCCUCCUCCUCAUCUCAUCCCCAGCUUCCUCAUCCUCACUGCUGUCUGUACGAUUCGGGACUCGGUCGCCACUCUCCUCAGCCUCCUGAAUAUCCCCACCAAUCCUCUCAUCAUCACCACCAUCAUCAUCACUCGCAACACCCUAUACCUCCAUCUGCUCCCUCUCCUUCCUCUUCCUCUUCUUCUCACCCUCACCUUCACCCUCCACCAUUGGAUGCUCAUGAUUCAGCUUCACCAAGUCUGGGAAUAGUUCCUGGACCUCGAGGAGAUUUCCUUGACUGUCCACCUUUGGAUGAAACUCUGGAGCUGGGCACGCUACAGCAUGACACCAUGUCUGCAGAUUCUUUACAUGGAGGAAAGGUUUCCAAAGAUGCCCUCAACGGUUUCCCCUUUAACUCAGCUGCAGGAGGUCAAAGCAUGCUCAACUCAUACGGUGUGGGUGGGACAGACCUGGAUUCAAAACUAAGGAGUGAUGUGCUCGUUGGUGAGCAGGGCUCGUCAGAGGAAACUGGGCUGAUGGCACCAUCAGUGGAGCUGGAUCAGUUACAGGCUCCCUGGGACAGUACGGACCACACUAGUCCUGCUCACCAUAUGUUCAAUGAAUCUGAUCCAAUCCUGGGUCCUUCUACCUUAGAGACGGGCUUCCUGGAGGAGGAGGAUGAGGAGGCACAGGGGGGAGACAGAGGAGGGGAGGAAGGUGGAACUCUGGAGGAGUGUUUGGGCCUUCCGCCCUCAUCCCCUCCUUCCCAUCCAUCAGCAGGCGAUUCUGUUGAGCCACUGUCCUCAAGUUACAUGCUCUUUAAGGACAUUGGUGUGAAUGAAGAACCGAGUGCAGAUCACACAGACCUGUCAGCAAGUCCUCCUCUGCCGUACGUACCCCCUCCUCCACUUUCUCUGUCUGACAUCACUGCCCAUGAGCCACAGGAUGGACUGGGGCACUCUGAUGUCUCUGAGAGCCUGACUAAUCCUGUGGAGGAUGGAGAUGAUCGGGAGGAAAGUACCGGCUUUGAGUUUGAUGAUAAGGAGGAGGAAGAAGUUGAAGACUUGUCAAGGGAGACCUUGGAACAGAAUGUGGAAAAACAAAGAGACAAACAUCUGGAAGGAGAGGAAUGUAAUCCAAACCAAGGUGCAGACCAAAGUUUGGGAGUUUUGAAUCCACCCAUGGAAGUGCCAGAGUUAGAAGGGAUAGAAUCAGAGUCUGCCCUUGGAGAACAGGGCGAGAGGAAGGAAGUCUUUAUCCAAAUGUCUCAAGACCUCGAGGGUCGCUUUGACCAAGCAGAGCAUAAAAAGGACUCACCCCAAGACGUGCACUCUUAUCUUGGAAAGCUCGAACAGGAGGGCAGCCUAUCUAUUGAAGAGCCUACGGAGGAGGUGGAGGGGUUGAUUUUGUACCAAGCGGUGGAGGAACGGUCUAUUGAAAAUUCUCUUGACACUGAAGCAUUGAUGUGCAACACAACUGAAGAGUUUGUGCAAAUGAAAGGAAUUCCAAAAAAGUCCAGACAGGGCAGCUUGAUGGGUCGCACAGAUCUAGCAGAUCAGGUAGAUGAGAUUUCCGAAGGGCAAGAGGAUAAUGUUUCUCCGUUUGAUGUUCCGGUUGUACAACCCUGUGAUGAGGAGGAAGAAAAGCGUUUGAAACAACUAGAUGUCAAAACCAAUGAGAUGGAGUUGGGUAGCAUUUACUCGCAAUUUGGACAGCUCUCCUGCCCUUCUGUUUCUGUGUCAUCCCCUACACAACCAUCAAACUCUACUGAAACCACCAGAGAGAGCAACAGCAUGGAGGAAGCCAAAAAUGAAGCCUCCAUGGCACACUGCAAGGGUUCAGACGAAGACCUGAACUUGCCCGAUGGCAGCAGAGAUUGUAAGAAUAACGCACUAAAAUUCUCCCUUGAUCAGGACAGCAAAGAUAACCUGCUCGAUCAAAAUGAAAUCAAAAUGGGCUCAACUCUGCCUGUGAACAACAUCGACACAAAGCCAUCUGACCUUAAAUUUUCUCAUUUACCCGAUGGUGAGGAGAAACCAGAGCAAUUGUUGCUACCAGUCAAGAUUGAAGACACCAAGACAGAGACUAUUGAGGAUGUUUGCCCUGAUAGCUCUGAAGUCAAACACACCAGUUUCUUUUCCUACCCCGUAAAGUCAGAAGGAUUGGUGACCAAAGCAGAGCAGUUAGAAUAUCCGAUUAAACCUGAAACACUGGAGACUAAACCUGAAGAUCUGAGCUUUCGUAUGAAGCCAGAGCAUUUAGACACUAAACCUGAAUUUUUGCAGUUUGUAGCCUAUGCAGGUGGCAGCGAAAUCAAAUCAGAGGUCAAACCAUUAGCUCUGGGGUUUAGUGCUUAUCCAGAGAGUCCUAAGCUUAAGACCGAGGCAAAGCCUGAAGACCUGAGGUUAGCAGCUUUUCCUGAGACAUCUGUCAUCAAGCCUGAAGCCAAGGCUGAGGGUCUGGGGUUCACAAGCUACCCAGAAAGUUCUGAGAUAAAACCUGAGGCCAAGCCAGAGGUCCUUGGGUUUACAGCGUUAUCUGAGGUCAAAACUGAGACAAAACACGAGAUGUUGGAGGCAGAUAGCACAGUCCUGACCCCAAAGCUUGAGCAGAAUGAUGGCCUAGUAGAAACCUCAGAAAGUGCAGAGUUGAAAGGCCAAGUAAAGGAGGAGAGACCCAGUACACCCGUGCCUGUGGUCGAAGGGUUUUCUGCCAGCCCCAGGUUUGCAGCUCCCAUUUCAGUGUGUGAGAUUCCUGACAGCCUUCAUGAAACCAGAGAGCCAACCAUCGCUCAGCUGUUACAGGAGAAAGCACUGUACUCAUUUUCUGAGUGGCCAAAGGAUAGAGUAAUCAUCAACCGCCUGGACAGCAUCUGCCACGCCAUCCUUAAGGGGAAGUGGCCUUCAUCUAGCGAGCAGUAUGACUCACCAGCCGCCCUGGCUGCCAACUCCUGCUUGGCCAACAGUUUAGCCCAGCACCACCAACACCGAGCAGGUUUUCUCUCCACCACGGCCUCGGGCUCUGUCCCAACCCAGGCCAGGGUGCAGCAGGCGAAUCCUGCACUGGGAUUUUCCAUUCCUCCCCCUCUCACAAGACUACCUAAGUACAUGCCGCGGGGCGGCGCAUGCGGGCGCGGAGCUUGGCGCCUUACCUCCUUGCCUCUGUUACAGGAGAGGCUUGUGGCUCCUGCCUUCCUCCCUGAGCUCAAACGAGCAGGAGGUCGGAGGUCUUUCGACUAUGAAGCCGCUGCUGCGGCAGCUGCCAAGGUUUUAGCUGGAAAGUCUGCAUCGUCAUGCCACACUGCUGUUACCACAAGCUCCAGUAGUGAUAAAGCACCCGUGGUUGCUCCGCCCUCUCACCGUACAGGAGCCAUAUUGAUAAAUGGCUGGCAAGAAGCAGCCAUAGAUCUGACCAAGUCUUCAGGAGAAAUAAGCACCACGAGUAGCAUUGGAACAAAUGAAGCUGUGGUUGCACCAGGAAUCAGCCACCUCAAUGCUGGUGCGGGCAGCAGUCAUAAGAUACCACCGCCACCUCCCAUCACGGCCCCGCUGCCAGGCCCCGUGGGAAUCGACAUGGCCGGAAUUCUGCAGGCGGGGCUCAUCCAUCCGGUAACAGGACAAAUAGUUAACGGGAGCCUGAGGGGAGAUGAUUCAAUGAGGAGGAGGAGAGGGAGGAGGAGAAAUGUGGAAGCUCUGUACUCUGAGUUCACCAAGAGCCGAGGACUGCACCUCCCUGAAUCACAGGGCCGGGUUGAGGUGAUCAGCCACUCUUCUGUUUCCUCCUCCACCUCCUCGCCAUCCCCCUCUCCCUCAGAGCGACCUGCAGGUCCUCCCACACCGUCCUCCUCUUCUACUCCCACCCCAACCCAGACACCUCCUCAGCCAGAGAUUGUGGCCAUUGACAGAGAGGCAGCCGGCAAAGGUCUAAUUGAGUGGCUGAGACAGAAUCCAGGCUACACCAUGGAUCUGCCGGCAUUUGCUCAUUCUGGUGCAGGUCUGUUGCAUGGUUUUGUAGAGCGUCCCAAACAGAGGAGGCAUCGCUGUAAAGAUCCCACCAAGCUGGAUAUAAACUCUUUGACGGGGGAGGAGAGGGUCCCAGUUGUGCACCGCGGCACUGGACGCAGGCUUGGUGGUGCUAUGGCUCCGGCCAUAAAGGAGCUCUCUAGAUGGUUGGAUGCCAACUCGGAAUACUAUGUGGCUCCAGACUGGGCUGAUGUGGUCAAACACUCUGGUUUCCUUCCUGAAGGGAAGUUCUCUCGGAUCCUCACAGAACCCGUCAACAAGGACCCAAGCUCCCGCCGCCGUGGACGUCGACCUCGCAGCGAAAUGCCUAAACCUCUCCUGUCCGUCUCGGACUCUUCCUCACCGGGUCUCGGUCCUCCUCUCUUCAUGAAUGGUGGUUUGAUUGGCAGCAUGGACUCCAUGGUGGCCAUGCAAAAUCUCCGCAGUGGUAUCCCUGGAAUUCCCAUCUCUGGGAUUAUGGCAGCUGGAUUCCCGCAUGGUUUCCCUGCAGCUGUCUCAGCGGGAGGAGCUGGGGGGUCUGCCGAAGAUGCCAAGAAUGGUCUGAGUAUGUUACCCAUGAUGCUGCAUGGAAUCCCGCACCCCCAUGGGGCUGCAAUCCCACAGCAUGCUUUGUUCAGCGUUGGCACCAUGAUGGCACACACGCCACCGCCACCUUCUCCUCAUCCCAGCUCCUCCUCCUCCUCGACUUCCUCCUCUUCUUCAGCGUCUGCUGUGAAGGUCACCACGACAACCGCACCGUCUGCAACUGAGGCGGCCAGCCCUUCUUCGACAACGCCUGCAGAAAGAGAGGGCAGCGCCCCUGCUGCUGGUGGCGAAAAGGACAGGACGCGGGAGGAGAAAGGCGCUGCAGAGGCUAACAAACGACCAGUAGCGGCAGAAGCAGCAGCCAUCAUUACCUCCACCACCAGGGCCCACCUCAGCUCUGCACAUCUUGGAGCUGGCACUGGCAGCCAUCUUACCUUCAACCCUUUCCUAAUCCCGGGCAUGUCCCACGGUUUGCUUUACCCACACAUGUUCUUGCCACAUGGUGGCAUCAUGGCACUUCCAGCCAUGCCCCCUGGUGCAGUUGAUAGCUCUCCAGGCAGCCCCAAGAGGAGAAAGAAGAGAGGAAGAGAAGAAUGCGAGCGAGAAGAGGAGAGGGAGAAGGCAGCAACUGGAGAUGGAGAGGAGAGAGAAAGUACAGAUAAGGCUGGUGGUACCUCCCACCCAGGCACCUCUUCAUCUCCCUCCAUCCCCUCUACCUCAGCUUCAGACCCAGACCCAACUCCAGCUGACGAGCUCCAGACUGGGCAGGGGAAUGCAGAGGGUGGGUCUUCAGAGCCCCAGGAACCGGACUCCAAUGACCACACUGAGGGAGCAACAGAAGACAAUGAGAAAAGAUCGGAGGAGACAGGAGAGGAGGCAAAGGAGGAGGAGGAGAAGCAGGACACUGAGGAGCAGAGACAAGUGGAACAAGAGGAUGCAUAGAGGAGAGGAACUGCAGAGGCCUGAAGGACAGCCCACUUCCUGCUCUCUCCUCCUGUCUCCUUUGUUGCUCUCCUUUCUCAGCUGAGCAACAGUGUAAAAUUUGUGCCGUGUCUGUCAGUCAAUGUCCAUGUAAAGACUUUUAUUAUGAUGAUGACUAAUAAUGAUGACGAUUAUAUUCAGCUCGGUCAUGUUUAUAUACCAAGACCCCACCCACCCUCUCCACUCAUUCAUUGUAUACAAAGAAAACUAGUGUAAAAAAUGAUCCUCUCUGUAGUGUUCUCCUUCAUUCUCCAUUGAGACUGAGUCGGGAGGGAUACUUCUCAACAGGAACACACCCAACACACACCGAAUGCAACCUGGCCUGACCAAGAGCAACUCUGACCGUAGUAUUGAUACCGUUUUAGGCUCAAGGUGAGCCAAGGUGGACAGGCAGCUUUGGUUUUCGCCUGGUUUGUAUGAACACAAGGAUGACUGGGAAGGUGGGGCACAGCUGCCAGAAGUGGUUUUUCCGAAGUUAUUUUUCUCACCACAGUUUGGAAAUUCUGAAAAGCUCAUGCGGGGGAGCGAUUAAAUCUUGUGUUUUGACACACUCCACUAAAUCUAGGGAAAUUCGUGCAAUGUUCAGUGUUCAUGCCGACUAGAUUAAUCUAAAAGGAGAACAGUCAUUCAGAUAUGACACUAAAACACCUUUUCCUAGUUGAUAGUAACAGAAAAAACAACCUAAGUAUCUAAAUAUGCAAGAGCCAGUGUCUGCUGCAGAAACACAACAGACCCACAAAGAUUUUAGAAAGUAGCCCUUUUGAAAUGUAUCUAAAUCACGUUGAUAUGAUUGUGGGCGUCAUUGAAUAAAAGUAUGUUUAGUGCAUUUAAAAAGGCUGCCAAAUUAGAAGAAAUUAAUUUGUCUCUACUAGUUUUAUACCUAAUAAAGUUAACAAAAUUGUGAGAAUAAUGUUAACUAGAAGAUCACAAAAUACGAGCCAGGUUAGUCCAUCCCAGUCACGAAUGUUAAAUCCUAACUUUAAGAUAUUCUGCAAGUUCUCCAUGCUUUAGAUGCAUAUUUUAUUUUAAUUAUAAUGUUAUCAUGAUUCUUAAUAUUGUGUUGCUGCUGCAGUAACUCCUCCAUAAAGUAGAUCACAAAGAUAAAUCGAACGUGAACACUAGAUUAUGAAUCCAGAUUCCCACAACAGCAGUACAGCAGAAAUUCCGAACAGCUAUCAAGAGAGGCUUAGGCAUAUGCUUUCUCAUUUGCUUUUCUUUAUAAAGGCAAGGAACAAUCAUGAGAUUCAUUUGUUUUAUUACUUUUAUUAGCUCAUGUAAUUUUAUUUUUUAACUCAGCCACAAAGUCACUUUGGGAGACCCCCACCUCCCUCCCUUCCCCUCAAGUGGUUAGCUCUAAUCAGAAAACAUGAAAGGGCAGGAACAUCAACCCUAAGCUCAUCCUGGCCACCAGGGGGCAGUAGGAGGUAGAUGUGAUAUCCUGUCUUGCAAACACAGGAGUGGGGAGGAGGGCUGUGGGAGAGUAGAGGAAAAGAAGGUGCUCUUUUUUUUUUUUUCUUUUCUUUUUGGUCCCUUGGGGUUCAUCAAGUCCUAAAUUGCAUUUACUUACAACAAAUCAGGUAACCAGCAUCUCAUCAGGAACAGUGCAAAAUGAUGCUGCAUGAUGAUUACAAUCAUGACCUGUAGCAUCAGUCGGUCAUCCCCCCCACUGUCCUUUUCCUGUUUUUCUCCUUAGUGUGUUCAGUAAGAGAUUACCUGUGCUGUGUCGAUCAUCUGUCCAGGGAAAGGGAACAGUCUGGUUUUUGUUUUUUUUGUUUUUGUUUUGUUUUUUAAAGAAUGAAGAACAGAUAAAAUAGGGAGAGGAGGGAUAUGGUAGUAGUAUGAAUCACUCUGGCUUUCCCCCCUCACAUUAAUUUUAAUAGCAGUUCAUACUAAGAGUUUCUAAAUAUGUAAAUCUAUCGCUGUAUAUUGCUGAUUUUGUUUUUUUUUGUUUUAAGCGCACCAUUGAUUUCUUCAUUGUCUUUACUUUGUUCCUCCAUUAGGGGGAAGAAUACUUGACAUAUGCGCAGAGGAUUUUUGCAUAGAGCUUAGUCCCAGUUUUUUUUUCUGUAUCAAACAGACUGUACUGUACAUUAAAAGGAUGCAAGUUGCUGGUUUUAUUCAGUCUUUUCACGACAGGGUGUGUAUUUUGGGGGUAAAUGUCAGAUGUUUCUGAUGUAACGUAUAACUUCACUUCUUUUUGUUUUCAUAUAUGAAAACAUUAUUUUUGCACAAUGUCUUUUUGUGAAUGUUAACCUGUUUCCGUGUGGUCUUUUACUUUCCAUUGUGUGUGUGUGUGUGUGUGUGUGCGUGAGUGUGAGCGUGCGUGCGU